AAAAAAGUCCGUUAAAAUAAACAUGUACAAUAACAAUUCUGACCAAAAAUUAUUAAAUGAGCUUAAAAUUAGUUAAAAUGAGCAAGAAAGUGUGUAUAAUAUGCUUGGUUUGUGAAGCAACAACACGAUUAUUCUGUAUGCAAUCUGCUCAUAAUGAAGAUGAACGUAGAUAUGAGUGUUUAACAGGAAUUAAGCUAAAAUGUCCUGCUUUUAUAUGCCAAAGAUGUUCUAUUGAUCUAGGAUUAGCAUCUAAUUUGAAGCAGAAAGCUUUAGAAUCCUCAAGAUUAAUUAAACCAUCACUGAGCCAAUUUAAAGUUCCAGUCAACAAGAACCUACCAGCAACAAACCACUCCCAAAUGCCAAUAAAUGGUGUUACAAUAACUCCAAUUACUACUCAAACGUCAAUAAACAAGACAGAAAAAUCAGAAAAUCAGAAUGUACAACCAUCCAGUAAAACUGCAAUACCGUUAAGCAGCACCAUGUCAAGAACAGACAAGAUUAUGAGUUCAGCAAGCAUUAUUUCAUCUACAGUCGUAAAUCCUCCAAUGGAUAUGUCAAAAAUUACUGAUUUGUUCAAGACUAAGCCAAAUAUAUCAGUAAUAAAAACGAAACACACUGAAGAUGAACAUAAAGGAACUAAAGAUCCGCCAAAAGAACAAUUUCCAAGAGACGAUGACGAGAAAAAACUUCCUGUGAAUUACAACUCCAGAAUUACAAAACGACGUCAAACAGUUUGUGCUAAAAACUUUAAUGAUCUUCAGGAAAAUGUAAAAUCGCAAGCAGGAAUGAAAUUAGGGAAUUUUCAGCCAACGAUAUUAGUAUCGAAAACAAUAGUUAAGACUGAAAAUGACAAGAAAUGUGAUAAGAAACCUGCUGCAAUUAAGCAAGAAAAAGCUUCAAAAAAGAGACAAGCUGAAGAAAUCGUCGAAAAAGACAAAAAGAAACCAAAACUGGAUGAAAAUUCCUCAAGUCAAGUUAAUCAGUCACAAAAUAAGUACACUAUGCGAAACCGUGAUGUUAAAACACCAGAACAUAAACAUGUAUAUUGGGUAAAAUCAAAAGCUGAUGGAUAUAAUAUUUUAACUUUUAAGAGCUUGGUUGAAGCCGAAAAAUAUUUUGAAAAACUUUCACCGGACGCAACUUAUGGACCGUUAUAAGACGAAUAAUUCUCGUCAGAAAGAAAUUUAUUUGAUAUUAAUAGGUAAUAAAUAGUAGAAUUGAAAACUACUAAGCAUCUAGUCAUAAUUAUCAUUAUAAUAAAGGUUGAUAAUAAGUAAUUAUUGGAAAAGACUUGCUUAAUUUUGAUAGAUUAAUAACGAUUUUAAAAUAUUUUAUAACAAUUCAAAACCAUUCAAAUUAUGCUAAAGUGCUUUAGAACCUUACAAGACAUUCUUCUUCUUAAUUAACUUUAUUACGGUCCAUCUAAAUAGCUUAUUGCUAUUUAAAGACCGUUCACAAUUCCCGGUAGUUUAAUUUACAAAUAUACACAAAGAACAAUCAAUAAAAUCCAGUCAACUCCAAAUGGUUGACAGAAAACAUGCCCGCGAUAAGUCAAAACAACAAAAAACCAUCGCUAGGCAAAAAAUUCCAUCUUCAGUUGUCGAUGAUUCAGAUCCCUUGACAGUCUUUCCUGCAAUUCAACUUGUGAUAUUCCAAAUAGAUUCAAAUCCCUGCUAUGUCUCGACUGUGAUCUGUCAAUGUAAUAAUAUGUUCUGCUGUAUUCCGAAAUGAUCGAUUCCUGUUUGUCAAUGUUGAUUUGUUGAAAUCCAGUCAGCACCAAUUGAUUGAUUGAACUUUCCCGCGAUAUAUGGGGAAACACACAAAACCCAUCGCGAGACAAACUCUCCUCACAAUUAACGAUAAUCCGUUGUAUUCCAAUAAUAUUCAAUGUCUAGGUUAUGGCUAUGAUAGAACCUUCUUGUCCACGAUUGUUGGUAAAACACAAAAAACCCACGUGAAGCAAUUGAUUCUCCUCACAACUGCCACCGAUCGUGAUUUGUCAAUGUAAUUAAAUCUUUAGUAUUCCGAUGAUGAUCAAUUCCGUUUUAUCUAGAUUAUGUGCAAAACUUGCACAUUUCCCUUUCCAAUUUCAAUUUAUAUCCAAAAUUUAAUUAUAUCGCGACUUUGCUGAGUUUUCUCCUUGGUAUCUUUGUUCUUUGUUACUUUAAAGACAGUUCCCAUAGGUUUGUGACUUAUUCCUACGCGUAAUUAAUUAAUUUUGAAGUAUUGCACAAUUCCACAACCUCCUCAUUCGGAGGUUGGGAGAAAACUCACCUUACAA